UUAAUUACAGAACGUGCAGGGAUCUACGACCCACGUUUUAUUUCUUUGACAUAUAUGCCCAUCCAAGAGGCCUCAUAUAACAUUUUUCAUGAGGGUAUUUUCGUAAAACUACAGGCACUCAUACAAGCGCCAACGGUGGGAAAACGAAACAGCGCGGAAGUAACCUGCAAUUUCUCGGCCGAGCUCGACAGCCAUCCAUGGCGCUACUCGAGAGUUGACAGCACGACGGGUACUCUUUUGUCUCCAUUUCUUCUUCACUACCCUUUAAUAAUUCCAUUGGAACUUCUACAACAGUGCUAUUAAUGCCGGAGAUCCAAACUGUUCACCAACUAAUCACACAGUCCCCUCAGUUUUUGAAGUGUCCGUACACUGUUGAAGUGAAAAAGAAAAGAUGAAAACCCAGCUAUCUUCAUCCGAGGAAGACGAAUACGAGUCAUCAAGACUGGUGUACUGUUGGUGGAGAACCGGAGCUGAGUUUGAUAAUUUCAUGAGAAUGAAGCUGGACUUGCUCAGCGUGUCGACUCUCUCGCCGAGAUUCAGGCUGUUCAGAGAGCUAGAAAGGUUGGCUGUGAUUGCUCCCGAUGGACUCAAUGAGAUCCGGCACAAGCUUCUCGCGUAUCGUUCCGGCGAUUUCUGGGUACCCACCGGCGGGAUUAGCAAGGAAUCUAUGGAUAUUCCGCCGGUCGGUACGAUUCUCUUGGUGGGUUUCUCCGGAUCGGGCAAGAGCUCACUCGUCAACCUCAUGUACAGCGUUUUAGGCCGUACAGGACUCGUCCCCUUCGCCCAAACAUCAUCAGGGAAUUCAUCAAAUUCCACCACUGUGUUCAUGGAAGAGCAUAAUGUGGUGAGAUCGACGCGAAAUGGGUUUUGCGUUUAUGAUUCUAGAGGGUUUGAUUACGGAAAAGUAACCGAGUUUCUAGAGGAAAUCUCGGGUUGGAUGAAUGAUGGGGUACACCAUAACCAGCUAUGCUUGAGACCAGGUGAUGAUCUCGAGCAGAUAAAAGAUAAAGUUGAGAAUCUUAAUCUGAGAUCUUCUUCCAAGUUUGUUCAACGGAGAGUGAAUUCUGCAAUGGUGGUUGCCAAUGUUGCAGAGAUAUAUAAAGCUCUAAAAGCUGGUGAUUUAAAGCCAUUAGAGGCUACAAAACAGCUCUUCUCUUCCCCUGCUUUGAGAAAAAGCAAUGAGAAUCCAAUCUUGAUCUUAACCCACGGUGACUUGUUAUCUGUGGAGGAGAGGAUGGAUGGCAGACUGAAAAUAUGUGAACAUCUAGGUGUCUCGGAGACUAAUGGAGUGUAUGACACUGUGUGUCUCACUGAAUAUGGAUUUCUUGCAGAAGAAUCUGAUCCGGUUACUGCCUAUGCUGCAAGCGAAGCUCUGUAUAGGGCAUUGCUUGUCUCGGACAGAGGCCAUUUCCCAAAGAGAAGCUACAUAGAUUGGCCUAUUCUGGUACUCUCUUGGCUCUUGUGUUUGAUUGCUGCAUUUUUUGCUUUGCUUGCUGAUGUUUUCUCUAAGCUUGGACAAAAAAAGAAAUUGAAAUAGUGAUCGGAGAUUGGUUCUGUAGCUGAUGAAAAUCCCCUCGAUGGUCGAUAAUAAUGUAUUACCCACAUGAAUUGAUUAAUUAAAUUGGUUCAAUUCUCAUUAUGUUACUACUCUUU